CACCAACCCUCUCUUUGUGUCACCAAAGAAAGAAAAAAAAAAAAAAAGCUCACGAUCAAUUUUGUUUCCGGCUCCUUCAUCUUCUAGCCACGCACUUGUUCUCUUUAUCACAGUGCCUCUCUCUCUCUCCCUCUCUGUAACACUCUUUAUUUAUUAAUAUAUAUUCAUCGAUCCCUCUCUCUCUCUCUUCGAUUCUCUUCCGAUCGUCUUUUUUCCCGCGGUUUCGCUUCCACCGUCCCUUGCGUUCCCGGGAAUUGUUGCUUAAUGGUCCAGAAGCAAGAAGAAAUGAAUGAGUGUGGUGCUGUAAAUGGUGGCAAAGUGGGAACGUCUUCACCACCGCAAGAGAAAGGAAGGAAGAACAAGAGAAAGUUAGCUGAUCCUUCUCCACAAAAUGCUGCUUCUUUGACUGAAUUCCCUCGAUAUGAGUUACAUUCACUCAAAUCUCAAAGCCCUUUGUCUGAAAAUGACUCGAACGGGCAGCUGAAAGCGGAAGAGUCUGACUCCGUAGGAUGGGAUGAUCCGUUUGCUUGUCAACUCGAACAACUUUUAUCAUCAAAUUUGCUCACCCUCUUCCGUAGUGCAAUGAAUCAGAUUAUGGAUUGUGGGUAUAGUGAGGAUGUUGUUCUCAAAGCUAUUUCAAGCAGUAGGCUCUACUGUGGGGGAAAUGAUCUCGUGUCUAACAUUGUUAAUGAUACCUUGAGUAUUUUGAAGAGUGGAAAAAAUGUUGCUGGUUCGAGAGACUAUGUGUUUGAGGAUUUGCAACAGCUUGUUGCCUAUACUUUGGUAGAGAAGAUAAGUCUUGUUAGGGAGGUUAGACCAUCGCUUUCAACAGUCGAAGCUAUGUGGAGGCUGUUGAUGUGUGACUUGAAUGUUUUGCAAGCUUUUGAAGUGGAAGGAGAUGGAUUGGAGGGCUCUUCGGGUUCCAAUGCAAGUAAAUCGUUGGAAUCUCCAGUUUCUGAGUGCAAUCCUUCAAAAUCCAGUGGCUCGGAUAACCCAAAGGCGCCCAUAUCCAAUGCUCAAAGCAAUCAGAGUGAGCCAGUCAAAUUUGGGAACUUCCCAAAUGUAAACAACUCCAAAAAUCCUCAUGCUAGUGGAGCAACACCUGGAAAAGAGGUAUUUUCUGUUUCCACUGCUUCUGGUGAAGGCACUAAAAGUGCAUCCCUGACUUCUGUUUCUGAUGAAAAAUUAGUAUCUUGUCGAAAAGGCCGCACCAAAAAAGAAAUGGCCAUGCUACGGCAGAAAUCAUGCGUGGAGAAGAUUAGAACUUAUAGCAAAGGUGGUGGCUAUAAGACGGCAAAGUUUGGUGGUUUCCUUGUGGAGAAAAGAAGCAAAGCAGCUUCUGAUUUACUGUCCGCACAGGCAAGAAAUUCUUCAUCGAAGAUUACAACAGACGUUAUGAAAAUUCCUUUAGCUGAGAGUAGCAGCACUCUCUCAAACAAUACUAAGUCAGAUUCGCCUGCAUUAGAUGUUAAGGAGCAUGUUACUGCAUUACCUGCUAAUAAUGCUCCAGCAACAGUAGCUUCAGAAAAGAAGUCCGGUUCUGAGCCUGAAGAAAAGGCUUCUGUGUCUACAAAGCCAGCACCAGAUUACUGUGCUGCAAUCCCAUACGAUGCCUCUCUGGGAAUAUAUGUUCCCCGAAAUAAAGGAGAUGAAUUAAUUUUAAAGCUAGUUCCCCGAAUGAAAGAUCUGCAGAAAGAAUUGCAGGAUUGGACUGACUGGGCUAAUCAGAAAGUAAAGCAGGCUACUGUUAGACUUCUUAAGGACCAACCAGAGCUUAAGGCACUAAGAAAAGAGAAAGAAGAGGCAGAAGAGUUCAGAAAAGAGAAGCAGUUAUUGGAAGAAAACACUAUGAAAAGGAGAUCUGAAAUGGAGUUGGCCUUGAAUAACGCAACCAACCAGCUUGAAAGAACUAACAACACAAUUCGCAGGCUCGAGCUCGAACAAUCUCUGUUAAAGAGAGAGAGGGAAGCUGCUAAUAUAAGAGCUGCUGAGUCUGCUGAGAGCUGUAGAGAAGCAAAGGAGAGAGUGCAAAGAUUGUUGAAGAAUGCUCAGUCGUGGGAAGGGCAAAAGGUUUUGUUGCAGGAAGAGCUCAAGAGUCAAAAAGACAAGGUGGCAGAGCUGCAGCAAGAAGUUGCCAAGGCAAAAACCCGCCAAAACCAAAUUGAGGCUACUUGGAAACAAGAAAAGGCAGCGACGGGGAAACUCACUACUCAAGCAGCUGCAUUAAAGAAAGAGAGAGGGAAACUGGAAGAACUCGGAAAAGCAGAAGAAGAGCGGAUCAAAACAAAAGCAGAGAACGACGUGAAAUACUACAUUGAGAACAUCAAAAGACUUGACACCGAGAUCUCAAAGCUAAAACUCAAGUCAGACUGCUUGAAGAUAGCUGCUUUGAAAAAAGGCAUAGACGGAAGCAAUGACAAGAGCGGAAUGAAUCAUACCACCACCACAAAGGCAAACCCGAUGGCAGCAACAAAAGUAUGGGAGAAUAAUCACAGGGCAGAGUCGAAAAUCAAAAGAGAGAGGGAAUGUGUGAUGUGUUUGUCUGAAGAGAUGAGUGUGAUUUUCUUGCCUUGUGCCCAUCAGGUUCUUUGCUCUAAAUGUAACCAGCUUCAUGAGAAGGAAGCCAUGGAGGACUGUCCGUCUUGUCGGGCCAAAAUCCAGAGGAGGAUUCAGGCUCGUUUCUCCCAUGGGUAGAAGCUUUUUUUUCCGCUCGGGUUUUGAAUCAAUAUGGCAAUGAAGGUUUUGCUUUGGUUUUAUAUCUUUGGACUGCUCUAUUUACAUCUAAAUUAUACACAUCUUGUAAAGAGUGACUUCACAAUUUGCUCAUUUCUAUAUUUCCCUCAAUAAUAAAUGGAAGAAGACUUUCCUAAA